ACCAGCCACAGGGAUGAGGAUACCGCGAAAACCGAUACAAAAUGUUCUGGGGAAAAUUGUUCCUGCUGGCUGCCUUGAUUUCAACUGUGUGGAUGGCAAAAUGGAACAAUUUAUGUGCGGGCAGGUCUCAGAACCAAAUCAGGGGCUACGAUAAGUAUGGCAGUGGAGCCUAUGGCGCCCCAAGAGGUAAGAGGGUUCACAGAGGCGUGGAUGUGUUGUGCUCGGAUGGAAGUACAGUGUAUGCCCCUUUCUCAGGAGUGAUUCAGAGUCAAGCCAAACCAUAUGGAAAUGGGAAUGCCAUCGAUAAUGGAAUUCGAAUGACUGGAAGAGGUAAUUGUGUUUUGAUAUUCUACAUCAAGCCCAAGAAGUACAAAGGCAGUAUCAAGAAGGGAGACGUACUGGGGCAAUUAUUGCCCAUGCAGCGUGUUUAUCCUGGGAUUCAAUCACAUGUACAUAUCCAGAAUUGUGACCGCAGUAACCCUACAUCCAAUUUGUAAAUGGAAACUGAGACCCAAAAUACUGUUAUCUUUCUCAUUUUUAAACAUUUAGAAAAACAAUGUGCUUGUACAGGGCUGUGCACAACAUAAACCCUCAAUAUGACUGAUAUUCAGUCCUUUGGUAGUCUCUCAUAAUCAUCUUGUUCCACUGAGGUUAUUAUGUGAUUCAUUGUGUGAUUUCACUUCUCUACAACCAAUCAGUCUCUGUCUCAAAUGGUUUUAUGCAGUCCUUCCAUUAUAAUUUCUCAGUCCUUAGGUCCUAACAGAAGCCAUAAUAAACUACUCAAAUACCCAG